AUGGAUUCUGCACAGAAAAGAAAUCUCCCUAUUUGUGAAGGUGCUAUGAUUCGAUCAGCUGAUCCCGUUGUUCCAGAAAAGGCCAGUGAUGUUCAAGAAGUCCCAGGGGAAGCAUAUGUUACUCCUCCUGUUCAAACAUCAGUGGCUUCACCAAAAACCCCUGUUGAUGGAUCCCAUAUUGCAAUUCCUUCUGUGAAUUCAACUGCUCAAAGUGGAACUCCUGCUGUUACUCCUCCCGUCUUACAACUUGCUGCACAAAGGUAUAUUGUGGACAUCAAUGGGUUGGUGCCAACCAAAAGCAUACAUUUCAACAUUGUCGUUCGUGUGAUGACUAUAUGGAAAAUGUAUAAUACUCAAAACAAGAAGGAUGUCAAAUCACUUGAAUUGUCUUUAAUUGAUGCUCAGGGUUCAAAGAUCCAAGCUACCAUACCUGCUCGAAUCAUGAAAGAUUUUGUUAAGUACUUUAAAGAUGAAGGUAAAUUACGAAUUUUGUUGCCAACUUUGACUAUUGUUGUGAUUUGGAUAUACCUCAAUGAUAUGAACAUUGCUGACAUUUACGAGUACAAACACAGGAUGGAGCAAGAAGAGAUAAAAAGUGCAAGAAUCCAGAAGAUCUCCCUACUGUCUUCAAUUUCAGGUUACACAACCGAAUUGGAUCAGAUUCAAACUGCAGGUUACACAACCGAAUUGGAUCAGGGCUGCAACGUUGUGGUAUUUGCUAAGAUAAGUGGAUUAGCAAAGGAAAAUGAAUGGUCAUACACAGAUUGCAGCCUCUGUAACAGAAAGGUUUUUGAGAUAGAAGAUGCUGAGAAGAACAAUGGAGGAAAUAAAAAGCUAUCAUUUGCAAUUACAAUAUUAUGA